AUGACAGAACACAACCACUCGGUUGCUUAUCAAGAUAGCGUAGACACACUGCUCUUGACUGUACUAGAUGGAACGAUAGCACACCCCACCCAGCAGUGUGUCGCUAAUAAAGGGCGAGCAUUUAGGGUGUUGAAACGUGCUGUCCGUGAUGUGUUACGGACGCAUAGAACGGAAUACUGCGGCAUGCUCUCGCUGCAGACCACCGCCGCCGAAGUGCCAAUGGUCACAGGUGUGGCGCGCGCCUUGUUUUCAGACGGCAUUAUAAACUGGGGACGCGUAGUGAGCCUUGUAGCUUACGGCACAGUGUUACUGCGAGCGUCGAAGUCAACCUUGGGACCCGAGUGCGCUUACGAGAUCGGCGUGUCGAUAGCGGCCUACAUUACAGACAAUCACAUGGAUUGGCUUGUGGGCUCCGACGGUUGGGAUGGAUUCGUGCACACCUUCGACCGAGUACACCAACGGCCGUGGCUGUCAACGUACGAGUUUGAGGGCCUGUAG